CGCUGGCCUGGCAUAUGGCCUCAAGUCUUCGGCGGGUCUCCACUCAACGACUUGACCCUCUUCACAUGGCCGCCAUCAUCGGACGAUAAAUUCAGGGUUUGAUAUCCAUCUCACUUCCCCCUUCAACGAGCAGAAACGGUGAACCAUGGACACCGAAGCUUCAUCGUUCGAGACCAGCGAGAUGUUGGGGACUUUCCUGGCUUCGACCCCGCUGCUGAAGGAGGCGUGGAGGCUGUGCGGCACCGCGAACGCGAUGGGGUGCGGUGCCUUCGCGGCGGAGCAAGUCGGGGGCGUGGGGUACGUGGCAUUCUCGGGCGUCCAAGAGAUGCCGGUGCUCGGUUGGGAUCCGAACUACGGCAUGCUGGUGCCGCUGGAUGUAGCAGGCCGCGGGCUGUUCGCGCCGUUGAAAUGCCGUUACGACGACGAGGAGCCGGUCAUGGUCCACUCUGGAAUGCUUCACCUCUUCCUUCAGUAUCAUUCGCGCCCCGAUUUUCAAAGCCAGAUUCAUAGCUUGGUGGCUGAAACCAAGUCAAUAGUGAUCACCGGCCACUCCAUAGGAGGAUCAAUUGCCUUCCUCACAGCUCUUCGGCUCCUCACCUACCUCAUAUCCAUCUUCCCACCCAUCUCGGUCUUCUGCAUUGGUUUCGGCUCUCCUUUCCUCGGCAAUGAGUCUCUUUCCCAAGCCAUCCUCCGCGAAAGAUGGGGCGGCAGCUUCUGCAACGUUGUGUCGACCCGCGAUAUCAUGCCGAGGUUAUCUCUCCACCAAUCACUUGUUCCGACUCCCCAGUGGCAGGCCAUCAUAAGAUUCUGGUACACGUCUAUGAUGUCUAUGAAUUUCGCUAACCUCCAAUUAACUGAAGAAGACAAAGCCCGGUUAUUUUCCUCCGUUGCGGCCGACAUGGAGUGCCUGGCACAGGCAGUGGAAGGCUCGGGAGGGAGGUUGUUUUGGCCGUUUGGGAAUUACUUGUUUUGUUCAGAUGAGGGCGCCAUUUGUUUGGACAACGCUGUAUCAGUGAGAAAGAUGAUGCAUCUGAUGCUAAGGACAGGCUCUCCAAAUUGUAUCAUUGAGGAGCACCUUAAGUAUGGGUGGUAUGUUGAAAGACUGAGUCUUCAGUCCUUGAAGAGAAGCUUCUUGGAAGGAGAUCUCUCUGAAUCAAGCUAUGAAGCAAGUCUUUCGAUGGCUUUGAACUCCUUGGGGACUUAUCGACAGGUAUCGAUUGCACCUAUGGCAAAAGAUUGCUUGAAGAUGGCAAGGCGAAUGGGGCGUGCGCCGAACCUAAACGCCGCCGACUUAGCCAUUAGGCUAUCCAAAAUCACUCCUUAUAGGGCGGAGAUAGAGUGGUAUAAAGCUUGUUGCGAUAAAUCCGAAGAGCAAAGAGGAUACUAUGAUUCAUUCAAGCAAAGGGGGGCCUCAAAGAGAGAGUUCAAGAUAAACAUGAAUCGGUACAAGCUUGGGGCCUUUUGGGACAAGGUCAUACACUUGAUGGACGGGAAAGAACUCCCACACGAUUUGCACAGAAGGUCCAAAUGGGUAAACGCGGCGCAGUCCUACAUGCUUCUUGUGGAGCCAUUGGAUAUCGCGGAGUAUUAUCGUUCAGGGAUGCACCUUAAGAAAGGCCACUACAUAAGCAAUGGAAGAGAGAGGAGGUACGAAAUUUUCGAUCGCUGGUGGACUGAGAGAGUUGUUACCGAGAAACUGAGCAAUAGGAGGACCAGGUAUGCAGGCUUGACCCAAGACACUCGCUUUUGGGCAAGGGUGGAGGAAGCAAAGGAGUGGCUGGACAACAUUAAGCGUCAGAGUGACCCUAGAAACCUGGCUUUUCUUUGGGAUGGACUCAUUAAGUUUGAAACUUAUGCAAUGAACCUGGUUGAAGGAAGAGAGGUGUCAGCUGAUGUUGUGGCUAAGAAUUCGAGCUUUAGUCUGUGGUUAAAAGAAUGGAGAGCAUUGAAAACACAGAUUAUCCCCCAAUCGAUGCCUCUUGUUUAGGUCGAUAACGCAUGCCACUGACUUUUAUUAAUUUAACAUUAACCGGACGUGAGUCGAGAUGUAAGGCACAUGAGAUUGGGACACAUCAAAAGGGAUAGAGAGAUGUACAAUUGAUGUGGUGUCGAGCUCCCUCUGGGCGAUAAGCGGCCUUCCCCUUCGGAUCUGGAAGCUCGGCCUCCAUGGCCAUGGGGGAGCCACCGCCUCGAGAUCUAGAGGAUCGACACCUCCAUGGCCACAGGAUUUGGUGCCAAGGCUGAGAUCUCGGUAAACAUAUGUUGCGAUCUAAUGUGAAGCCAACAAAUGGGACUUGCGGGAGACAGAAAAUUUAGAUCUGAGAUAGAGGAUCGGCACCCUUAAAGUUGCACAGCCAACAAUAAACUUCUCAUUUCUCAGUUUGUGUCAGUAUUAGUUCCAUAGCUUCCCAUGUCCAACAAGGAUUGAAUUUGGAUCCCGCAUAUGUUUCUUUGACUUUGUACACCACUCGACUGGGGAUUAAUUCGUCAAUCUAGUGUUAUAUUACAGUAGAGCAA